GCUCCCCACUAUAAUCCUUAACGACCUCCUCAGGCUAUGAACCGCCUCAAAGCGUUGCGGCAGCAGCAAAUGGCCAUGCCCAUGGGCUUUGUUGGGCAGCCAAGUCAAUACGGCGGCCCGCAUGGUCAAGGUGGAGCUCAACCGAUCACUCCACAACAGAUUCUGCAUUAUCGUCAACAACAAGCUCAGGCUGCUGCCGCCCAGGCGCAGGCCACUGGUGUUCAGCCAGUCCAUCAGAUGACCAUCCAGCAACAGCUUCAGCAUCAACAGGCUCAACAGAAUCAAGUGGCGGCUCAACAAGCUUUCUUACAUCAGCAAGCUCGGAUGAAUCAAGGUGCUGGAGGAGCGGCUGGCGGAAUUGGCGGCGUCGGCGCCGGCGCCGGCGGCGUUCCUGGUCCUUCCGUCUCACCUGUACCUAGACCACCGCAGGCUCAACCUGGUCAACAUCCUCACCCGAUGUACGCUCAACAACAGGGUCUUCAACCUCCUGCAGGGACACCGGCCCAUGCUCACUCACCCAAUCAACCCUCUCCACAUAUGAUGCAACAGCCUCACCCGCAGAGCGUCAUGCCAUCCCCUCAUCAGAAAGCCAUGAGACCACCUUCGAUGAACGGACCUCCCGGCACCACCACCGGUCCGGCACAGCAGGGUCAACAACAACCUGGUAUGGCUGGUCCAGGGAUGAUGCGAGCCAUGACGCCUCAACAAGCAAUGGCCCAGGCCCAGGCUCAAGCUCAGGCCCAGGCACAGGCUCAGGCUCAGGCUCAGGCUCAGGCACAAGCUCAAGCUCAAGCACAAGGCGGAGCUGCUACUGGAGCAAGCGCUGGAGGACCACAAGGAGCGCCAACUCCACAUGGAGGAUAUAGUCAUCCGGGCAGCACACCUUCGCCAGCGCCCAUGACGCCUCAACAGCACCAGAUGAUGCAGCAGGCCAUGCAGCGAGCGCAGGUGCAACAGCAGCAGCAGCAGCAGCAGCAGCAACAACAACAACAACAACAACAACAACAACAACAACAACAGCAGCAGCAGCAGCAACAACAGGGUAUGAUGGAUCCUCAAGCUGUGUUCCAACAGCAGCAGCAGCAACAACAACAACAACAUCAGCAGCAACAGGGUGCUGGUGGUCCAGGCGGGCCGGGAGGACCCGGAGCUGGAGCUCAAAUGAUGCCUCAACCUCCUUCUGGAAAUGUCCAAUUAACCCAUCAACAACUCCAAGCGAUGCAACAACAGCAAAUGCAACAAGCUGCGAAUCACAUGUAUUCGAGCUUGGGUUUGGGAGCCGUCAACCCUCAAGUCAUGCAUAAUUCUGCUCAGGCUUUAGGAUUAGGAGGUAGAGACGUCAGUGCAAUGUCGGAGGAUGACAGGAAUCGAUUGAUCCAGCAAUACCGUAUGAGUAUGCAGGAGACUCAAAGACGGAUGAUGCCUGGAACUCAACCCCCGACACCACAGCAACAGCAGAUGAUGGCUCAGCAACAAGCUCAAGCUCAACAUCAGGCUCAAGCUGCUCACGUCGCCGCGCAACAGCAACAGCAGCAGCAGCAGCCUCAACACCAACAGCAGCAGCACUUCCAUCAACAGCAGCAGCAGGCCACGCAACAGCAUCACCAACAAACUCAACAGGUCCUACUGGCUCAUGCUCAGGCCCAAGCGGCUAGUGCGAGGAUGCAGCAGCAACAGCAAGCUGCUCAGGCUGCUCAGAUGAGGCCCAACGGCGCGAUGCCUGGAUUCGAGCACAAUCAAUCUCAACAACAGGCGCAGCACCAGCAAGCGCAACAGGAUGAAUCCAGUGGUGGACGUAAUACUUCCCCACCGGAGCGAAAGCGGAUGCGGAGAAAUUCCGGAGGCGCUGCAGCUCCUUCACCUUAUCCCGCGGCUACACCUGGUAGUACACCUCUUCAACAGAUGUACGGCAGCAAUGCUGGAACACCACAUCAAAUGCAUCUUCAGAUCGGUGUCGGAAUGCCAUCGAAUCAGAGUGAUUCGGGCGAGUCUUCACGGCAAGUUUCGCAAGAAGCUCGAUUGGCGUACGAAAAGCAAAUGCACAAGGAUCAGUUGAUGAGGCAAAACUCUCUCGGAGCGAAUGGCGUCCACAUGUCUGCCCUUACACCUCAUACGCCCAACAUGUCGAAUCCUGAUGCUCCUUCACCCGCUACGACGAGUCAACCUAUUGGCGUGGGUCAAUCACCGAGAAACGUCGCGUCGAGGGCCAUGCAAAGGGUGGAGAGUAAAGGUGCCAUGUUACCGCCUCAAUCUCCCGUCACAAUGGGACGAGCGACAACUCCGAAGAUGAGCGCAGCGGGCAAGACGCCAAAAGCGAUCAAAGAGGAGACACCGCGCGAUGCCACUCCAAAAUCUCUACACACAUCCCCUGCCAAUGGUAUCAUUACAGUCCCUCCUGCAAACGAGGGGUCUGCAGCAUCCACUCACGGCUUCACACCAUCACCACCAUCCGGCUCCACGUCCAAUGCCACUCCGAACCCUAACAAUACCAACUCCUCCACUGUCAACCCCAUUAACAGCAACAGCAAGACUGGAUCUGAUCAUCCAAAUAGUGCUGCUACGGCUCCUUCCUUGUCUGCUGUAUCCAACAGUCUCGCGUUUUCGUCUGGGGCAGACCUCAAUGCGGACAUGCCGAAUAUUGACAAUGGAGAUUUCGAUUUCUCGAGUCUGGUCAAUAUGGGUGAUGGUGCUUUCGACUUUGGAUUGUACCUCGCCGAAUUGGGUGAUGACAAUACCGACGGUGGAGAGGUCGUCGUGCCGUGAGAUUCGCCAUCUCCAAAAGGGAUCCAAAAUCCUCUCUGGAUCAACAAAUACAGAUCGGCAGAAAAGGGACAUCAUUCACCCACCAAGCCCAACAUCCACCACAAUCGUCUUCAAUGAUACCCCCUCUGUCCCAACACUAUACCAAAUCAUCAAGAUUGUCUUGUCUGCUUUACUGUCACAAACCUCACACCAAGUGUUUCUUCAAUCUAACGAAUCAAGGAUAGAUCGACCCCGACCUCGCAUUCACUACCUUUCCACGGGUUACACGCAAC